AUCAUGAGUCUCCUGUGGCAGGUAACUGUGCGCCGUGCCUGGUCCGCAGCCCUGCUCUGUGCAGUCUACCUCAUGGUACCAGCGUGGAGUGUGUCCGCCGCUCCCAACGGACCGCAGAACUGCCCGGCCGUCUGCUCCUGCAGUAACCAGUUCAGCAAGGUGGUGUGCACGCGCCGCGGCCUGGUCCAAGUUCCCCGGGGCAUUCCCAACAACACCCGUCAUCUCAACCUGAUGGAGAACUCCAUCGAGAUGAUCCAGGCCAACACCUUUCGUCACCUACUCCACCUGGAGGUGCUGCAGCUGGGUAGGAACUCCAUACGGCAGAUCGAGGUGGGGGCCUUUAACGGCCUGACCAGCCUCAACACCCUGGAGUUGUUCGACAACCGGUUGACGGUGAUACCCAGCGGGGCCUUCGAGUAUCUGUCGAAGCUGAGGGAGUUAUGGCUCAGGAACAACCCCAUCGAGAGUAUUCCGUCUAUCGCCUUCAACCGCGUGCCCUCCCUCAUGAGACUGGACCUCGGCGAGCUGAGGAAACUGGAAUAUAUUUCCGACGGCGCCUUUGAGGGAUUACACAAUUUGAAGUACCUUAAUCUUGGAAUGUGCAACUUGCGGGAGAUGCCCGUCCUCUCGCCGCUCGUCGGGCUGGAGGAACUGGAAAUCUCGGAGAACUACUUCCCGGAGCUCAAGCCCGGUGCGUUCCGGGGCCUGAAAUCCUUGAAAAAGCUCUGGAUUAUGAACUCUCGGAUCACCACCAUAGAGAGAAACGCUUUCGAUGAUGUCACGGCCUUGGUUGAACUUAACCUCGCCCACAACAACCUUAGCUCUUUGCCCCAUGAUCUUUUCGGGCCGUUGAGUUACCUGGUUGAGCUGCACCUUCACCACAACCCCUGGCGGUGCGACUGCGACGUGGUAUGGCUCUCCUGGUGGUUGAGAGAGUACAUCCCCACCAACUCCACCUGCUGCGGCCGUUGCCACUCCCCUCCACACCUGCGGGGGCGCUACCUGGUGGAGAUCGACCAGACUACCUUUCAGUGUUCGGCUCCCUACAUCAAAGACGCGCCCCGGGACCUGAACAUCUCAGCGGAGCGUGUGGCGGAGCUCAAGUGUCGAACCAUGGCUAUGGCCUCGGUGAGAUGGCUCUUGCCCAACGGGACGGUGUUGACACAUGGCUCCAACCACCCGCGGAUAUCCGUACUCAACGACGGGACGUUAAACUUCUCUAACGUCCUGCCCACCGACACGGGAGUGUACACUUGCAUGGUGGCCAACACAGCGGGCAACUCCAACGCUUCGGCCUACCUGAACGUCAGCACGGCGGAGAUCAACACGUCCAUCCUCAGCUACUUCACGACCGUGACGGUAGAGGUCACGGUUGAGCCCACUUCGGAGGAGGUGGUCAAACCGAAGACGGUAACGGCCUCGCCGUCCAUCUUUCAGCCGGUUUUCAUCUCCACCCCGACCGUGCUGCUGCAGACGCCGCGCCAGGUGUCUGUGCCGACCAUUCGGGGCACCGUGGGUCCACCCGCCAGUCUGGACGAGGUAAUGAAGACCACCAAGAUCAUUAUUGGCUGCUUCGUGGCCGUCACGCUGCUAGCGGCGGUCAUGCUGAUUGCCUUCUACAAACUACGCAAGCGUCACCAGCAGAGAGGGGCGGUGGCGGCCGCCAGAACUUCAGAAAUUAUUCAGAUGGAAGAGGACGUGAGCCCGGCCGCCACGGGGACCAGUAUACCAGGAGAGGGCGGAAUGGUACUGCCCAGUCUGAGAGACCACUACAGCACCUACAAACCCAACUACAGCUCCUACAAACCAGCACAUGCAGCACCAUGGACAGAGAACAACAUUGGUAACUCGUUGCACAGGUCCCGUCCCACGGCCAUCAGUACCAUUCAGGAACCCUAUCUUAUUACAACUCACAACAAAGAGAAGGUGCAGGAGACUCAGAUAUGA